AUGGUGCGCAUCAAGAUGCCCCUCAGACUGAUCGAGGGCGAGAAGCACCGGAACACGACGUUCAUGAAGAGGAGGGCGGUGAUAAAAAAGAAGGCCAUGGAGCUGGGCAAGCUCUGCGACAUCGUAACGCUGCUCGUCUGCUUCGGUCCCCGCGGCCAGCUCGAGACCUGGCCCGAAGACCGGCAGGAGGUGCGCCGCAUCAUCGAGCACUACGCGAGCCUCAACCCAGACGACUGCAUCAAGCGCCGGUACGACCUCACCACCUUCUUCGAGGCUCAUUUCAAGAGGCUGCAGGCGCAGGUCAACCGCGAGCGCAACUCCUGGCUGGACGCCUUGCCAGCGGCGGACUCGCUAGAGGAUCUACUUCGCUCUCUCGACGAGAAGCUGGCGGCGAUAGAGGAGAAAAUAUACCAAGUGGAACUCGAAGAGGAGGAAGAGAGUAGAGGGAAGGACCUGGAGGCCUGCUGGGGCCAGCACUUGCAGGCACUGGAAGCCGUGCCCCCCACGGAUAUCGUUCCCCUGAAUGCGAUCUUCGUCGAUCCGCAAGGGCCCCUUCAAGGCGUCAUUGAAGAUUUUCACAAGCUCAAGCCCGAGAGAUUCGGAGGAAGAGAACUCUGGGGUACUCCCCACGGCCACCAGAGAGACCCGGAGAUGACGCCCAGCGGACUCGCCACACACUCGCUGGCGGACCCUUACGUGCAGUCGCUGAUGAUUUCGGACGACCACGGUUUCGGCGCCGACAUGAGAUUUCUCGACGACCUCCUCUCCGCUGACUUGCCCCCUUACCCCUCCGCCGGCACCUCCGCCGCCGCCGAGGACGUCUUCGAUCCGUCGAUGACUUUUCCUCUGUCCUUCUGCCGCGACACCUCUCUCGGCAGCGGCAUGGAGCACUUGAAUGCUCUCCCAUUCGAGCACCCGGGAUACAACUUCCCUCUGCACCAUCUCCCCGCCGGCGGCGACGGCAGCAUGAUGUGCAAUGAGAUGAUGUACCACCAGAACGAGCUCUACGGAGGCGACCUCUUCUUUCAAGGAGGGGAGGAGUACCGUACACUGGCCGAGACGUCGUGGUCUGCCGCCUCCAUCAUUCCCAACGUGCCGCCCGAUGCUUGCGGCGGAGACGUCGGUGCACCGGCAGUCAACAGUGGGGGAGACGGUGAUCCUUCAAAUUUACUACCCGCCUCCACCAGCAGCACUCAUAUCCUUUCCUCUACAGGAGUUACCAGGUAA